UGGGCGAAGUAAUUCCAAGCAAAAAUUACACAGAUGGCUUUGAUACUAACAUUUUCAACAACCAACUCUUUUUUUCCCGAUGAUAUAGGGAGAGAUAGAUAGAGAUCUGUAAAGCCUUGAGGAAGAAGAAGAAGAAGGAAGGAGAUGUUUUACUCGCAUACGUUUUUGGCUCGGAAAGGGCCGCUUGGAACGGUGUGGUGUGCGGCUCAUUUGCAGCACAGAUUGAAGAAAUCUCACUACACCUCCACUGACAUCUCUUCCACUGUUGAGCGCAUCAUGUAUCCCGAAGUUCCCAUUGCACUAAGAAUGUCAGGUCAUCUUCUACUGGGUGUUGUUCGGAUAUAUUCAAAGAAAGUCGACUAUCUGUACCAAGACUACAAUUUUUUUCUGAUAACCAUAAGAAAAGCAUUUGCUCCUGUAGAAGUUAAUCUACCAGAAGAUGCAACUCAUGCACCUUUUGACUCUGUCACUUUGCCAAACACGUUCAAACUUGAUGCCUUGAAUUUGGAUGAUGACUUCUCUUAUGACGGGGCUCAAGAUAAUCAUCUCCGGAGCGAGGAGGAGAUAACACUUACUUGUGAUCAAAUUCCAAUUGGAAGAGAUCCGUACAUUGCCAUUACUUUUGAUGAGGGCAUUUUGAGGGAUUCAAUUGGUUUGAAAGAUGCUUCUGUAUCAGGAGCCAGUCCAAUGAAGGAAGAUCCUCGUCCUUCACUUCCAGUGGACCCAACUGUAGGUUUUCAAGAUCCUGGUCCAGAAGAGACUGAAAUGCUCAAUGAAGAUAGUUUUCCUCAAAAUGUCCCAGAAAUUGAAGUUAUGCGUGAUGCCGCCCAUGAUUUUCAUGCGGAUAACAUUUCACCUUGGCCAGAUCAAGGGAAUGAUGUACUUGAACCGGACAGGCUUUUGGAGCAGCAAAUCAUAAAUGAGAAGGAAAUCCUUCCACCAGCUGCGGAAGAAAUAUUAGUCUCUGGAGGGCAGUCUCUCCCAUCUCAGCAACAUGGAGAACCAGUUAGUUCUGCUUCUUCAGACAAAGCUCCUGACGUUUUUGAUUCACAUGUUUCAUUUGGGCAUGCAUCGCCUGAACUGGCAAUGCGUUCAACGCCACCUGUUGGCCAGCCAAAAGCUAGACCAAGAAAGAGAAAGCAGCUCUAUGAUGAGUCCACAGUAUUGACUAAUAAGUUUAUGAAGGCAGCACUUGAUAAUUGUAGUGACCUACUGCGGAAGAGGAAAUGUUGCCCUUCUUCUGCUUUGGAUGUUUGGAAGUCAAAUAAUAGAUUAAGAAAAGAAAAAAUCUUUCUUGAGCCACUAAUGACUGGGUUGUGCGCAGAUCUAUGUAACGUUUAUACAAGGGAUUUCAUUACUGUGAAACCUCAUUUGGUUAACAUGGAAGAAGCUUGUCCAGAGCCUAUUGUUGCAGAGUCUCCUCCCAUGCAUGACCUUGAUACAGAAAUUGAAUGCCUUCGAAAUUAUGAAGGCCCCGAUUGUAGUAACAUUUUACCUGAAAUCAUGGGUUCUCCUAAUAGAUUCAUGGCUUCUGAGACCAGAUUCACGUCUUCUCCAUAUAGAAGAGAUGACCUCACUCCUGCUUCAGCCGGCAAUUUAGGCUCACAAUCAGAACCUCAACUGGGAACAACUGUUGGGACUGGAGUACAACCCACUCCGGACUUGGCAGCAUCUACUGGAACUCUUGGGUCUGAGUCGGAAACACCGAUGACAUUUUUAGGGGAGUGUCUAGGAUUUGAAAACACUGGUCUUUCAGAUAUUCCUGAGGUGAUGAAUUCAGCAGAAGCAGAUGACCUAAGUUUUUUAGCCUCUGAAGAUUAUACGCCAACCAAAAUCCAAACAACUCAAGGAGUUGACGUAUUGUCGGGGACAACAAGGAAAGUGGCUCAAUAUUUAAAAGGAAAGUCUUCAGUUACCCCCAUCUCAGAAGACAUAUCUGGGGAUCUAAUCUUGAACAAGCUCGUAGAAGGAAAAAUCAGAAAAGUAUGUGCUCGAAUGUUCUAUGAGACUCUGGUUUUAAAAUGUUGUGGACUUGUAGAUGUACAACAAGCAGAGCCUUAUGGUGAUAUUACUUUGAAGUUGACGCCUAAACUAUUCAAGGACCAGCUUUGAAGUUAAAUGUCCUCCACAUGCCUUCAUGCAAAUAGUUGUGUACAGCAGGACUAACACAAUUUUGAUAAUCUUAUAAAGAUGCAGAGCCCUCCUUGUUUCUUCUUUCUGGCUGUUGUUAUAGGUGAUGCCUAAUUAUUGUAAUCCACAGCUUUUUCAUCCACAACUCUCUUUUUGUAAAUUACUGUGUUUUUUUCUCCACUUUUACUUAAGUGGUAGCCAAAGUGGCUGGAUAAUGUAAAAGCAGUCAGAUUUAUUUAUCCUCGUAUAUAUAGUUUUUGCUUUCGGCUUUUAA